CAACAGGAACGAUACUGUGGACCUAGUGCAGCAAUGACCUUCAACUUUACGGUUGCUGUGUCGAUAAUUCUGGGGAACAAAUUAGUUAUGGGCAGAGUUGGAUUUAACUACCCAAUAUUCCUUACUUUGAUUCACUACUCUACUGCCUGGAUUUUACUAGCCAUUUUCAAGGCACUUUCCUUGCUUCCGGUUUCUCCUCCUUCUCGAUCUACUCCAUUCUCUUCACUUUUCUCUUUGGGUGCAGUCAUGGCUUUUGCUUCUGGCCUUGCCAAUAUUAGCCUAAAGCAUAACAGUGUUGGAUUUUAUCAGAUGGCUAAAAUUGCCGUCACUCCAACUAUUGUGAUAGCGGAGUUCAUUCUUUUCAGAAAAGCAAUAUCUUUUAAGAAGGUUCUAGCUCUAGUUCUUGUCUCAGUAGGUGUAGCAGUUGCAACUGUAACGGACGUGGAAUUCAAUUUGUUUGGCGCUGUUGUUGCAAUAGCUUGGAUUGUUCCAAGUGCUAUAAAUAAGAUCCUCUGGUCUAACCUCCAGCAGCAAGGCAACUGGACUGCUCUAGCGUUAAUGUGGAAGACCACCCCGGUCACAGUACUCUUCUUACUAACUCUUAUGCCAUGGUUGGAUCCGCCUGGAGUUUUGUCCUUCAAAUGGAAUGUCCAUAACGCGACUGCCAUUCUUAUAUCGGCUUUGCUUGGCUUUCUCCUGCAACUUUCUGGAGCUUUGGCACUUGGUGCGACUUCUGCAACCUCACAUGUCGUUUUAGGGCAAUUCAAAACUUGUGUCAUUCUUUUAGCAGGGUACGUAGUAUUCGGUUCGGAUCCAGGGCCACUUAGUCUUUGUGGUGCCGUAGCUGCUCUUGCUGGAAUGUCAGUCUACACCUUGCUUAAUCUAAGGGAAUCACAUGAGAAAGAGGGUAGUUUACUUCAAAAGCAAAAUCUUCCUUCUCAAAAACCCAAAACAGUUGAGGAAGACAUGAAUGAGGCAAAUGCAGGCACUACCUCCGGCUCCAAUUCUGUCUGA